CAUUCCAGGACGAUUUAAACCACAACCGUCUGGUGCCACUUGGAUCAAAGCCUUGGCUCAGGUCAAUCGUGAUCCUGUCUCUGCUGCCUGCACUGUGAGAUCUGGGGAUUUAGCUGAAGAAUUGGACCAGAACCGCCAUCCCUUCCCCAGCAGAGACCCAGACCUUCUGGCUGGUGCUGGGACAGAGAAUCCAGGAGGUUUCGAGGACUGUGACAGGUACCAGCCUUAGCCCGAGUCCCCAGAGCCAGGACCAUGGCGCACAGCCAGGGGCUUCCUGCUGACGCCCCAGAGACGAAUCCUGGAGCUGCCCAGGAGGGAUCAGAGUCGCAUAGAUCAGGGGAGUCGCCCCCUCGUCAGGGGGUCUCUGCUGGGAGCCCCGUUCCUGGGGAAACGGCGGAGCAGAGGGUCUCUGCCUCUGCAGGCCCCAGGGACCCAAGCCAGCAGACCUCAACGGCCACAUCCAUCACCAGCCACUCCUCCGCCCGCGGUGUGCAGCCUGCGGCCUCCAACCGCCUAUGUGCGCAGCCUCCAGAUCCACCCGGCGCCGGCGUGAAGAGAAAGCGCUCGGCACGUGUCAGAGAGGCCGAGGGGGAGGGAGAAGAAAAGACCCUUUUCUACAUGCAGGUCAGGGUCGUGAACGGCGUCUCGGUGGCCUGGGAGACGGGGGCCGGCUUUGGAGCCAUUAGGAAGCGCCCCCGCAUCUUUAAGGCCAAUUACAUCGGAGGAGAAAGUUUUGCUGGCUCGGACCGGAGCAGCUCCCACACCAGGUCUGAGCUGGGGGACGUGGACCCCGAGCUGGGGGACCUGAACCCUGAGGCAGAGAGCGACGCUGGGGGACCAGCGGAGGAGGCCCCACAGCAGCCGAUGGGAGCGCCCCCUGAGUGGCUCCUCACCCCCGAGCAGGGCCUGCGCUGCCUGGCCUGCUGCCGAGUCUUCCCCAGCCUGGAGGCCCUGACCCAGCAUGUGAAGCAGGGGCUGCGUGAAGGCUUCAGCUGCCGCGUCUACUACCGGGUGCUGGGGCAGCUCAGGGCGGGAGAGCCGCCCCGGAAGAGACUUCGAC